CUUUGAUCCAAAUGUCGGGCAACUUCUGGACUUAACCCGAAUUCUUUCUCUCUCUACAAUAUAUCCCCCGUCUCUCUCUCUCUCUUUAUAUUUGUUGUUUCCAAUUUUUCAACUCCCCGGUAAGUCCAGUCUAAACUGAAAAAAGCACUUAGGAGUUGUAUAUUCAGACCGCCGCGUAAAUUGUAUAGCCGACGACGGCGACGGAGACGGAGGGGAGGAAUGUUUAUUGAAGAAACAAGUGUUAUAUAGUGAAUGAAUUUUUCAAAGAAGGAAAAAUGGGAGCGUUAUGCGGCGGCACCGGCCACUCACGCGACACUUUAGAUCGUUUAUCCGACCACUGUCUCCACUUUUUUCCAUGUCUCUCCGAUCCCGCUCGGAGGUCCACUUUUUGCUUGAGAAUAGCGUUGGUGAUGCUGCACUUGAUCUAUGUGGGAGUUGUAUUUGUCUUUGACAAAGAUUUGAUUCACAAAACUAAACAAGAGCCAUGGUACACAGCUGUUUAUUUGAUCCUGUUUGCUGCUACACUGGUUCAGUACUUCAUUACUUCAGGUUCUUCUCCUGGCUAUGUUCUUGAUGCAAUGAGGGCUGUCAAUGAGGCAGAUGCAUCACGUAACAGGGCAUCAAUGACCUCAAAACAGCCUGCUUCAAGCAAAAACGGCGAUGUAGUUAUUACAAUUGACAAGAACCAGAUAGGAAGGAAUCUUCUAGGCAGUGGUACAAUGGCGUGGACAAAGCUAGUGAUGGAUAUGUAUCCUAGUGGAACAUCUCUUAGAAGUGUGACUUGCAGUUACUGUGAUGUUGUGCAGCCACCACGAGCUAAACAUUGUCAUGAUUGUGACAAAUGUGUUCUUCAAUUUGAUCAUCAUUGUGUUUGGCUUGGCACAUGUAUAGGGCAGGGUAAUCAUUGUCCUUUUUGGUGGUACAUUUGCGAAGAAACAGCCUUAUCCCUUUGGACUGGCACGUUAUAUAUUCAAUUCUUGAAGUCCGACAUAUCAAAGCCUUGGUGGUUAUAUGUAAUUAUGAUCUUGCUGCUAGUUACUCUGUUUUUCUGCCUGAUCUUCCUUCUACUCCUCCUCCUUUUUCAUAGCUACCUAAUUUUGACAAAUCAGACCACUUAUGAGCUUGUGAGACGAAGGCGCAUCCAAUAUCUGAGGAACAUUCCUGAAAGAGUCUAUCCAUUUAGUAAAGGAGCAUGCAGAAAUUUGUAUGAGUUUUGUCGUGCCCAGAGUAGCAAAUAUAGAAUGGAACCGCUGCCAACAGGACAAGAACUUGAAGAGAAGUUGAGACCUUAUACAUGCUCAGAUGUUUUAUCCUGUCGGUGUUGUUGUUGACCACUUAUGUUGUAUCCUAAUAUUGGAGUUUUCCCAAGAUUGUACACUUGUGAGAAGAUCUGGGAUAUCCAUUUGUUUGUAUAUCACCUUACUUUGUGGAGAUAUCCAAUUCAGGCAUAUCUACGUGAUUUCAGUGUCA